UAUAUCAUGACAACAAUACACACUAUGCGGCUUUUCCUGAAGAAAAAGUAUGGGUACUAAUGCUGAUUGGCAAUGUUUUUAGAUGACUUUAUAAUCAUAUGAAAAAGGUGUAUAACUAAAUGUCAACAUAAUGAGCUUAUACAGUUGAUUAGUGCACAAUACUGAGCAUUUUGAGAAAUCACUGUAUUUUGGCUGAGAUAUAAUCCUGUUUUGGGGGGCCCCAAACAUUUGCCUGGCUUGCCUCUCCUGUCUCGGCUGCAGAGCAAUUACUCAUAUUACAUUUUUGGGAAAUUCUAAUUAUUUACAGAACAAAUAAUCUCAUAAAACUGUCAGUUUUUGGUGAAUUCGGGUAAUUAAAUACCUAACAAAUGAAGGUACUUCAUCCAACUGGUGCAAAGAAAGCCUUUAAGUCCAAUAAUUUAAUAAAGCAGUUUUGCUGAGUGAUUUGCUUCAUAGCCCAAACUGCCCUAAUACACUUAUAUCAAGUCAGAGUCCAGCAGUAAGUUCAGGUCAUCCCAGCAGCCUCUACACAGUGAGUUUAAUUUGCCUCAAUCACAAUGGAGAUUUACCUUCCUAGAGGAGGCACUGACAAUAUGAGACUUUACUUCAUAUGCUGUAGGGAAAUGUAAUUUGGCCUGUUACUGGCUAAAAGCCAAACAAAAGCUGAACAUCAUCUGCCAGCUGCCACCAUGUUAUCAGUAAAAAACAUCCAACUGGACACAAGUCUUAGUUAAGUGUACAAAAGCUGGGACACAAGUCCAAGUUAAGUGUACAAAAGCUGGGACACUGGCCUUGACAGGUCUAGUUCAUUCACCUUCUGGAAUGACUUUACGGUUUUAAAAAAUGUUUUCCACAAUGUAGUUUGUUAUGUGAAUAACAAACAUUCAGAUAUAUACAAUACUAUUUCUGAUCAAAGUCUCCAGUCUGGCAGACUCUGCAUGAUUAUUGAUGACAAUGAUUCUCUUUUGAUGUUAUAUGAUAGAGGAUAUGGCCGCAGAGACACUGAGUUUAAGCACACACACGCACAACACUCAGCCUUUUGUGUGAGAAUGUAGGCCAGAAGGAGGUAAUUUGUAACCUAGAAAUGAGGCAGCCAGCCAACAGAACAUGACCGGAUUACAUACUUUAUGCACACUAUACGUGCACCUCGAAAAUGGAUGGAAAAUAGAGCUAAUCAAUGUUGUCUUCUCUCAGUAGAGAAAAAGAUUUGAUAGUAUGUAACUGAACAUUAUUAUUCUCUGUAGUGAGAGGGAGCUAAAAUGUAAUAAGUGGGAAGUAAAUCACAGGUCAGGAGUCAUGCCUGACUCAUCAGAAAACACACUACACACAAGUGUUUCCAUACAUGUGUAUGUGUCAGAUGGCACAGCGUCUCACGAUGGCAUGAUGUUAUACCAGCGCUCUGUUCUCAGUAAUGCAGGAACUGAGUAGUGACAUUGGGUGAACAAAUUAUUCAUGAUACUGAGCAAUAUCUUCACUGAAAGACAGAUUUUAUGUGCUUGUGUUGAGGCAGUCCAGAAAACUCUGUUUUUUCUUUCUUGAGGCAAAUGGUAGGUGAUGAUGCUUUAUGCACUUUGAGCACACACGUACACCAACUAAAGCUGAAAUGAUGAGUAAAUAAACUGACAUUUUUUCAAGGAAAAUGCCAAAAAAUCUUUGUUCCAGCUUCACAAAUGUGCAUAUUUGAUGCAUUGCUUUGUAAUAUAUUGAUGUAAACUCAAAAUCUUUGUGGUUUGGUCUGCUGGUUGGAUAGAAUAAGGAAUUUAAAUGAGUCAUGUUCAUUUGAUGACACAUAAAAUCAUUAAAUGCAAAUGUCAACCGUGAUCAGUCAGCGAGGGCGAUUCCAUUUACCCCUAAAUUAAUUAAAAUGCAGUGCUGACUCAUAGAUUAAUUAUAUGUUAAGACAGUGGUUUCUGACCUUUAUGGCUUGUGUCAACUUCUAUGAGAUGUGAGCAGUUCAACCAAAGAGAUUGUCCCUUCACAAAUUAUUUUAUCUAGGUUUUUUGAGUCCUAAAGGACUAAAGCAAUUCAGAAAGCAUAACUUUUUGUAGACAAAACAAGUUUUUGAUUCUCUUCUGUCCCAUUCAGCAUCUUAUGGCCCCUAUUAAUAAUCUUGUAAACCCUUUAAAGGUCCAGUGUGUAGGAUUUAGGGGGGUAUAUUUGCAGAAACAGAAUAUCAUAUUAUUAACUGUAAAAACUAAGAGCUGUUGUGCUUUCAUUAUUUAAGAAUGAGCUGUUUAUAUCUACAUAAGGAGUGGAUCCUUUUCCACAGAGUCCACCAUGUUGCUUCUACAGUAGCUCAGAAUGGGCAAUCCACAACCAGCUCUAGAUAGAGCCAUUCGCGUUUCCAAGUGGGCUACCAUAAGUUUCCUACAUGCUUGGCACCUGGGAGAAAUUUCAGUUGAAAGAUACAAUCGAAGGUGAGGCACAGGAGAAAUGGUUGGCGGUUUACAUGUUUCUCAGCCUGUAGUUGUGACAUCAGUAGGCAAAAAAUAACCUAAAUUUGACCAAUGAAAUCUUCUUUAGCCAUGUUCAUAUUAACCAUCAAUUUAGUUUAGUUCAUUAGGAGUCAUGUCUGUGUUCACCUGAUCAAUGUUAAUCCAAUAUUCACUCUGUUUGAGCUCUGUUUUGGUCUCCACCGACUCCUGAGUGAAACAUAAGGCUCUUUAGCUGCUAAAUGUUCCACUAUGUUCACCAGCUAGUCACUAACAGUGUCUCUCUGCUGUUUGCUACUGAGCAGGUAGUGUACAGGGGGUUUGUCGGAGCCUGAAAACCAAAACAAUGAGCUGAAAGACACUAAAAUACUCUGUAGAUCGGGUGAUUUUUCACUGUGGGUUUGUCAUAUCCUCCUGGUAGUCAUUUAAAUGAACAUUAACAUCAAAUGACUGAUUAUAGCUGGUUGAAUGUUUUAGUUAUAUAUAUAUAUAUUUUUUUUUAAUUGAUUGAUCAUUUUGGUAUAACUGAGACUGUAGAAGUGAUUUAUUUCACCACUCGUGAUUAAGAAUGCAGCAGGAUGGUCAAAGUGCCUACUGUGGGAAAAAAUAUGAAUGUGAUCUAUUACUCAGGUCUGACCCAGCCAGACAUGAAACCACAAGUAGGAAAAGUUUGUUCACUGAGCUGGUCAGUCACAUGGUUUUCCCAACAUAGAUAGAGAUACAUGCUUUUAAACCUAUAAUGACAUGGAAGAAAACCAAUCUGUUGGUGGUGGUGGUGGUGGUGGAAAGACAGAGUGCAGCUGUUGUCACCAUACAUGUUUAAUGCAAAGCAACACAACAACCAAAGAUGUUUAUUCAGUCGGGGUGUAGUUUGAAGGCUUUAACAGGUCACAGAUCAGCUGAUGGGCGACAAUGUUUAUUCAGCAGUCAUAUGACACCCUUGACUUCAUUACCCAAUCUCUGCUCAGCCAUUUGAACACGCAUCCUCUCUACCCACACCCCUGUGUGUGAUUGAGACAACACUGUGUUUCACUUUGAAGCAGAGACUGAACUGUGUUGGUGGUGAGCCCCAAAGUGUGGAGGUGUUUUCCGAAAGGGGAACAAACAGGUCUUUGACAUUUUGAGUGGGCAGGUGUUUAAACAACUGUGACUGACCAACUGUGUCUUUUCGUGCACACGUCACACACAGUUUGUGAGAACAUGCCGCUGACAGGGACAUUUGCUUUGAGUCUUGUGCACUUAUUGAAUGAAACACAUCAAUGGAGGCUGGGAUAAUGUCACACAGGCUUUUACUGGCAGAUCUUAACGUCUCUAACCCCAGGACAUGAAAGAGCUCAAAGCAAUCUGUCCUCCAAGAUGUGGAUGUGUAUUGCUGUUUUCCUGCUGUGGAUGAGGUCAGGAGGAUGCACAGAGAAGGCCAACACAUCUGAUCUGAUAGAAUACACAGCUGCAGACUUCUAUGAGAAAUUGCAUUCUGGAAAGAUGAUGUUCAUCUAUUUUGAGCAUCAAGUCUCUCCAACCAUCUCUCUCUUCUUGGUGGAGCUGGAGAAGUCUGCUGACGCUCUGCAGGAUUAUGGAGUUCUGGUUGGCAAGGUCAACUGCAAUAAAGAGCUGGUUCACACAUACUGCACAGAAGAAAGGGCGCUGCACACAGCGUUUCUGUUCAGGGGUGGUAAGGAGUUCUUGGGUUUUGACUUGGACACCGUGUUUGACGUCAACUCCAUCGUCUCUGAAGUCCUGUUUGCUAUUCUGCGAGAAGAGGUCAAGUACGUCCACACAGACACCGACCUGCUGGCCAUGGAGAAGGCAGUCAGAGGGAAGAAGGAUAUCGUGCUGGGUUACGUCCGCAGUCUGGGAACACAAGAGCACAGGUCAAUGAUGGAGACAGCAUAUGUGUACGGAUCCAAAUACCAGUUCAUCCUCAUAACUGGGGGCCCAGUUUUGAAGCACUUAGGUGUCAAUGAGUUGUCUCACUCGUCUCGAGUGUGGUUCCUCCACUGUACAACUCCAAAGUCCUCUGAGCGCUGCCCGUUGACCCGUAUGAGGAAACCCCUGUCCACCCUCAGCCUCCACUCCUUCCUGCAGCUCAUGGAGGCUCCACUGGUGACUGAAGUUUAUGAAGACCCCUCCUCGGUCCAGCCCCCUCAGUUCCCCUACCAACAGACCCCCCAGGUCUUCUUGUUCUCUCGUCCUGCAACCAAGCACCUAGACCUGGACACGGCCACCACUCUGGCCUGGAGACUGCGGGGCCUCGCCCUGCUGGUGCUCGUACACAGGCAGAGUCCUGCAGUGAAAACACCCAGUGAAUAUAAUGCUGCUUACAGGCUGCCUGAGAAGAGUUCAGAGGUGAAGUAUUUGACCUUGCAAGUCCUCGAUGAGGUGUUGGAGCUCUUCAAAAAUCAAGAUAAAGAAGAAGAAGAUGAGGACGAGGGGGUGGAGGAGGAUGAUGAGGAUACACAUUUUGGCAAGCUGGACGAUGAAGUUGCAAUGUCUUUUUACGAAAGUCGAGGCAACUUGCUGGACAUGGACUUAAUUAUCCAACUAACCUCCGACAACUUCCACGCCACAGUAGCUCAAAGCAGCCUGACAGUGGUGCUCUUCUACCUCAGAUGGGAUGCUGUUUCAAUGUCUUGUCUCAGCUCCUUCAUUGAAGUUGCAGAGAUACUUGAAGUCUCUUCAGAUUCUGACGUCCAGAUGUGCGCGGUCGACUGUGGAGAGUGGACUGACCUCUGCGCUGCUCAGCCAGGCGGCUCCCUCCCGAUCCCAUUUCAGCCAAUCACGACCUUCCCCAGCAUCUUGCUGCUCCGCCCCCAGCAGACAGCUCAGCACUACAGAGGCAUGCUGGGUAGUGAGGCGCUGUAUCGCUUCAUCGUACUGAGCCAGCCAGAGUCUCCUGCACUACUGUCCACCCAAGAGGAAGUGACAUCAUUCCUUCAAGUACCUCACGCUGAAUUAGCAGGCUACAAGCCUGGCAGAGUACUGGGACUGUUCAGGACACAAACACACACAGGUGUGCCGCUGUUUACUGAAGCAGCAAACUCAUUAAGAGGAGAGGUGCUGAGCGGACUGCUCACCGAUGGGCUGGCAGAGAAAUGGGCAGCAGAGCACACUGUGGACCUUCCUGCACUGUUGGUAUUUCCAUCUUGGAAGACACACACUCAUCCCUCCAUACUGUCUCUGUCUACCUCUGCUGAGGAGCUGCUCUCACACAUAAACACUGCACUGCUGCAUCCGCUGCCUGAGCUGACAGUGGAAAACCUACCGUCCUUCCUCUCCCUGGGUAAAGCCCUCCUCCUCCUCUUUGUGGGAGAGGAGGAGGAUGAGAUCGGGCAGAGGCAGAACCAGGCGCUGGUGGAGGAGAUGAGAGGAGUGGUGGCGUUGGGAGGGGGGAAGAUGGAGCGCUACCUGGCCUGCUGGAUCCACCUUGGUCGUACUCCAGCUGGUAUGUCUGUCCUGGGGUCAUACCUGGGCUCAAUGCCCCCCCUCCCUGCUCUAGUCCUCACCCAUUUGCCCUCUGGAGAUGAAAUCUAUCAGUACCCCCCCAACACGCCUAUAGUGGCCUCGUCUGUCCUGCAGUGGCUGCAGAGGAUCGAGGGUGGGACUGAAUCAGCAGCAGGGAUGUUGGGUGAGGACAGCUGGCCUCCCAAUGCCGACUUCUACGACUUCCUAAAAGCCAUGGACAUGCAGGAAUCGAACUCCACCCAGCAGCACCCUCCUGAAGGAGAAGUGGAAGAGGAAGAAGAGGAUGAGGAAGAUGUGAAUAUCGAAGAACAUGUGAUGUUAAAAGAAGCGACGGAUUCCUCCUCUAGCGUUCCCACUUCUGACAGUAACCCAGACACUCACUCUGAACUGUAACAGAACAAGAUGGGAGGGUAAUGACACAAAGGCAUUGAUUAAACACAUUUUUCUGUUGA